UGUGAGCAGGAGACCCACCGCCGUGCGUCUUUGCGCUCAGAGAUCAUCCAGUCCUGAUCCCUUCACCGCUUCUCUCUCUUGUUUAUCCCCAUACAGCAGCCUUACCUGCGAAGCCACAGCGGAGGACAGCGGACACUUUGUUGACUGACAGACACUGGGACGGACAGGCACCUCAGUUUACUUUUACCAUGGAGGAGAGCCGGGCAGAGUAACUUACAGCAGCCCACGGUGUCCACAACCAGACUGUCAGAGAGGAGAGCGAUCUUCACAAUGACCCGUUAAAUUCCUGCCGCCGAUGCGUUCUUUGGAGAGUGGAUUGACCAUCUCCUAACAGCAGAGGAGACGAGCAGAGGGGCCUUUAUUCGUUAUUUCAGUUUUCAGAUGGACCGAGUGCCCUCGGCACUGGCCGCUAAGAUGCGCUGGAUCACGCUGGUGCUUGCCGGCUUGACUUUCUGGGGCAAAGUGACUAUUUGUAACUGUUUCGACUACGAGGAGACAGACUAUGAUUAUUAUGAAGAGGACAGAGCGGAGACCAUUGACUACAAAGACCCGUGCAAAGCUGCUGCAUUCUGGGGCGACAUCGCUUUAGACGAGGAGGACCUGCGCAUGUUCCAGAUUGACAGGACGAUAGACCUCACACAGCACACACACAUGCACACGCACUCCCGGCAGGGGCACACAUCUGGUGGCCUGGAGGAACAUGAAAGUGCUAAGAAGAGAGGAUCUUUAUAUCUACUGCUGGAGAGAAUACGUAGGUUUGGCUUAGACUAUCUCCCCAAGAACUCCAGCAAGGGAGCUGCCAGUCCCAAGAGCCAAACUGGGAAAGGUGUGAACACUGGGAAAGUGGCAAAGAGCCGUAUUCCUCGAGCGGCCACUUCCCGAGCUGAGAGGAUAUGGCCUGGGGGAGUCAUUCCCUACGUCAUAGGAGGAAACUUCACUGGUAGUCAAAGGGCCAUGUUUAAGCAGGCCAUGCGUCACUGGGAGAAACAGACGUGCGUAACUUUCAUUGAGAAGACAGAUGAGGAAAGCUACAUAGUGUUCACCUACAGACCCUGUGGGUGUUGUUCCUAUGUGGGUCGUCGUGGCAACGGGCCCCAGGCUAUCUCCAUAGGCAAGAACUGUGACAAGUUUGGCAUAGUGGUGCAUGAACUCGGCCACGUCAUUGGCUUCUGGCAUGAGCACACGCGGCCUGACCGUGACGAUCAUGUGACCAUCAUCCGGGAUAACAUCCAACCAGGACAGGAGUAUAACUUCCUCAAGAUGGAGCCUGGGGAGGUCAACUCUCUUGGGGAGGCAUAUGAUUUUGAUAGCAUCAUGCACUACGCCAGGAACACCUUCUCAAGGGGGAUGUUCCUCGACACCAUCCUUCCAUCCAGAGAUGAAAACGGGGUGCGGCCUGCUAUUGGCCAGCGGACCAGGCUCAGUAAAGGAGAUAUUGCACAAGCAAGAAAGCUGUAUAGAUGUCCAGCAUGUGGGGAGACGCUUCAAGAGUCAACGGGCAACUUCUCGUCUCCUGGUUACCCCAAUGGAUACCCUUCAUACACACACUGUGUCUGGAGAAUAUCUGUUACACCCGGAGAAAAGAUUGUUUUUAACUUCACCACCAUGGAUCUGUAUAAAAGCAGUCUGUGUUGGUAUGACUACAUUGAGGUUCGGGAUGGAUACUGGAGGAAAGCUCCACUGCUUGGCAGGUUUUGCGGAGAUAAAGUUCCUGAGGUCUUGAUCUCCACUGACAGCAGGAUGUGGAUUGAGUUCCGCAGCAGCAGCAACUGGGUGGGAAAAGGCUUCGCUGCCAUUUAUGAAGCGAUCUGUGGAGGAGAAAUCACCAAGGACUCAGGACAAAUUCAGUCUCCCAACUAUCCAGAUGACUACAGACCCUCCAAAGAGUGUGUGUGGAGGAUCACUGUGUCCGAGGGAUACAACGUCGGGCUCAGUUUCCAGGCCUUUGAGAUUGAGAGGCACGACAGCUGUGCUUACGACUACCUGGAGGUCCGAGACGGCCCUCUUGAGACGAGCCCUCUGAUUGGUCGAUUCUGUGGCUACGACAAACCUGAAGAUGUGCGCUCCACCUCGCACACACUGUGGAUGAAGUUUGUCUCGGACGGGACGGUUAACAAGGCCGGAUUCGCUGCUAACUUUUUCAAAGAGGAGGACGAGUGUGCCAAGCCAGACAAUGGUGGAUGUGAACAGAGGUGUGUAAACACUCUCGGCAGCUUCAAGUGUGCCUGUGACCCGGGCUAUGAACUGGCUCCUGACAAGAAAAGCUGUGAAGCUGCAUGUGGCGGUCUCCUCUCUAAGUUGAACGGGACCAUCAGCACUCCUGGUUGGCCUAAAGAGUAUCCACCCAACAAGAACUGUGUAUGGCAGGUGGUCGCUCCCACUCAGUACCGCAUUUCCAUGCAGUUUGAGGCCUUCGAGCUGGAGGGAAAUGAGGUAUGUAAGUAUGACUACGUGGAAGUGCGGAGCGGCCUUUCAUCUGACUCUAAGCUGCAUGGUAAAUACUGUGGCACAGAGGUCCCUGAGGUCAUCACGUCUCAAUACAACAACAUGAGGAUUGAGUUUAAGUCUGACAAUACCGUCUCCAAGAAAGGCUUCAAGGCUCACUUCUUCUCAGACAAAGAUGAGUGCAGCAAGGACAACGGCGGCUGCCAACACGAGUGCAUCAACACAGUGGGCUCUUAUGUUUGUCAGUGUCGCCAUGGCUUUGUACUGCAUGAGAACAAACAUGACUGUAAGGAAGCUGAAUGUGAGCAUAAGAUCCACAGCCCCAGUGGAACCCUGAGCAGCCCUAACUGGCCAGACAAGUAUCCCAGCCGUAAGGAGUGUACCUGGGACAUCACAGCCACACCGGGACACAGAGUCAAGAUAACCUUCAAUGAGUUUGAGAUCGAGCAGCAUCAGGAGUGCGCAUAUGACCAUCUGGAGGCCUUUGACGGGGACAGUGACACGGCAGCCAUCUUGGGUCGAUUGUGUGGCAGUAAGAUCCCGGAGCAGCUGGUCUCAACCGGCAACAAGAUGUACCUCCGCUUCAUUUCUGACGCCUCAGUACAAAGGAAGGGCUUCCAAGCUACACACUCCACAGAGUGUGGAGGUCGUCUGAAAGCAGAAGCCCGUCAGAAGAACCUCUACUCCCACUCUCAGUUUGGAGACAAUAAUUACCCGGGUCACACUGACUGCGAGUGGCUGCUGACGGCCGAACAGGGCUACGGCAUCGAGCUGAGCUUCAUUACUUUCGAGGUAGAGGAGGAGGCUGACUGUGGUUAUGACUACAUCGAGCUGUACAACGGGUACGACGCCAACUCACAUCGACUCGGUCGCUUCUGCGGUUCAGGGCCCAGGGAGGGGAUUUACUCACCCGGAGGCGCAAUGCUGAUCCGUUUCCAUAGCGACGAUACAAUCAGCAAGAAGGGCUUCCACAUCCGCUACACGAGCACCAAGUUCCAGGAGAGCCUUCACACCAGGAAAUGACCUCACACACGCCUGUGACCUCUGACCUCUGUGCAGCCCCUGCCACUGUUACCCUGACCUUUGAAAAGUACAGCCUGUCCCUUCUUCUCGGACCCACUGCCACGUGAGGAAGAUGAUACUUAGGUGAACACUUGUCUCCCUGUGUGGCUCCACAUGGGUCAUCGCACUUUGAGAUGAGACGGGAAAAACAACGAGAUAUCAGUUCAAAGUUUGUGGCGAAAUACGCUGACUAUCAAGUGAGCCGUUUUUGUGAAGGAGAUGGUUUUCAUUACUGGACACCAAGACACCCUCACUGUGGACAGAGGGAUGUUGAAGAUCAAAAAUCAGUUUACUGUGAUACUCACAAAUGCAAACAAACACACACACACAAACACACUAGAUUCAUAUUCAUAAUUCUAAUUCUAUGGAUGCUUCAGGAAUAAGGAACUUGUACCUAAAAGAAAAAAGCAUUCAACAAGGGAGUUUUGAGUCUUUUCUGACUUCUUGAUCCUUGAACUGUGCGACUUACUGUGAUCAGACGGCUGCUUAUACCCACAGUAACUGAGAGGAAACUCUAAAUAGACAUUUCUAUUGCCUUUGAUGCCUGGGAACUGGUCUCUUCAACCCAGCUCAGAACGGCUGCAGAUGCUUUUAUUUCACGUCUUAUUGUAAAACCCAUUGUGUUUACUGUAUGUGUGUCUGUGUGUACAGAGAACAGAUAAAAAAAACAAGGCUGAAGUCCGUCAUUUGCCCUUUUUGCUUAAAGCUUAUGCAGACAACCAUUGUGGAAUGGAGGGAAAAAAUGAAAAUGGUGAAUUUCCAAAUGAUCUGUGAUGUUAUUGUUAAGCCUUGCAUUAUGUUGUGUGUGCUGUUUUUGAGUUUGCACCAUCUUGUAACAAAUACCAACUCACUCUCCCAAAAAAUCAUGAGAUUUUUUUUUUUCAGUGGAUACCAGAAGGGAAUAUUUUCACAGCUGUCUCUCGGAGUGAAACGAUUCUGAUUGAAUGAGAGAUUCCCAUGGUGCUAAAAAUAAAAAUACACUGAAUGACAGAUGACUGUGGAUGGAAGUAAAGGUUGUCAAUAGGAGACACAGUCAGCGUGCAAACAGCACUCUGCAUCAACAGCACUAGUCCUGUGGAACUACAAUAUUGCCUUAGAACCAAAAUGUAUGCUAUCGGAGGUCGCUCCUAUGCUCUUGCACAGGUGUCUUGUGUUAGCGGAGUGUUUUCAAGGUUUUCUGGCAACGGAUUUCAUUUGUUUGGAGAUGUUGAAUGGUUUUAUUGUUAAAAAAAAUCUAAACAUGGGAAAUGUAAAUGUGUGUGAGAUAGAGUCAAUUGUGCAUGUGUGUUUGUGUGUCAUUUUUGUAGCUGCUCUCAGAGAUACAUACACACAUUCGUACACAUCCACAAAUACACACCUCAUUUGUGUGCAUUCUCCCAAACAUAUCUGAACACACACUUCCCCUCUGUAUAUUUGGAACGUGGAGAGCAAAGUGCUGUAAAGUUGAAGGAAUAUCAAGGUGCACACAGGUUGCAUCAUUUCUGUGUUAAAUGCAAACGUGUACGUGUGUGUUAUAGAAGAUUUAUAGAGAAAUAAUGUGUGUGUGUGUGUGUGUGUGUGUGUGUGUGUGUGUGUGUGUGUGUGUGUCUGUAAAGUGUAUGUUUUUAAGUUGAAUCAUUGUUUGCUGUACGUGCCAAGCUCCAGGUGACCCUGAUCCACUGUAGUCUUUGUUUUAUCAUUCCACCUGUGUGUGUGUAGUUCAGAGACACUGACAUGACAUCCUCUGCAUUAGUCAUUAAAAUACACACAGGUAAAAACUA